AUGGCGCCUCAUAUGAAGUUUGUCGGCAAAGAGCUAGUCAAGCUUUAUACAUAUGAGCUUGAAGAUAUCUAUCUAUUCCUAAAGGCUGUUGCUGAUAACCCAGAGUCUUUCCCCAUAGGGAAGGCCGCUGAGAAGAAGGAGAGGUUGCAAAAGACUUACAAGCAAAUACUGUCGCUAUGCCCUCUGGAUAAAACCCAAUUCAAAGAGAUAAAGCCUGAUGUAGAAGAAGAAAACUUUGAACCCAGAAAGAAUGGGACCGCCAAAGCCGAUCCGGACUUUCAGCCGAGACAGCAUAUAUAUCGCAGACUAAGGAACACAGGAGAUGGCCCAGAAGAUCCUAAAAUUAGAGUUAACUUCAGCGACGCCUGGAGUCAUCAUUAUCCUCUUAGCCUGCAAGAGGAGAAGCUCAACUACUGGUGUCAUUAUGACCUCCUUGGUCUCUUCUUUUCUCUUAUGGGACCAGCUCAGCAGAACUCUGGCAAGUUCAACUUCUUUCUCCCUCUCACCGCCGUUUAUGCUCGCUGGUGCUUCACUAUAGGGGGAUCCAGAAAAAGAAAGGAUUUUCCAGAUCCACCAGCCAUGGCCAUGGCCUUUGUUGAAAAGCCAGGUCAUGGGCCACCACCGGCAAUGUUCCAAUGCACAUGGGGUGAGGGAGAGGAGAGCAAAGUCGAAUUCUCCCUCGGUGCUUCCAUGGGCGGUCAAAACUUCGGUGGGAAGCAACUUCCUGGCUGGAGAGAACACCUUCAGAGAGCUCGAUUUGACCUUCUCGGGAACUGGAACGACAUCAAGAAUUCAAAGUGGACUAAAGACGGGAAAGUGUUUGAUUUUGGUUUCGGUACAUAUCCCGGUAACACAGAGUUCGGAAACUGCGCCGAAACCUACCCAUUUAUACAUAUGCUUGGUGCUCACCGCAAGCAGGGCCAAGAAAGGGUGCAAGGUCUUGCCCUCAGCCCGUCAUUUAUGACUGACGAGGACUUGUGGGAGGGGUAUUCGCUCAGGAAGAUUUACGCAGAAAGUCAACCGAAGCGAGACCCGGACGACGACAUUGGCUACAAACACAUGUGGUCCCCAUGCCAGAAUUGCAAGCACUUGAUAACUCAUGUCAAUAUUGAAAUGCUGGACAGGUUCCGCCCCGACGAAACCCCUCCAAUGCCUGCAGACUUGGAGGAGGGUGGCGGCUCGGAUGGCAGGUCAGACUUGAAGGCAAAUGGUAAUUUGAAGAUACUGGCGUAA